CCCCGCCUCUUGUAUAGAAACUGCGAUAGAAACGCGUCUAAGCAGCUACUAUACGCGUCGUUCAAUGCGUCGAUACUUCUUUAAUUUUUAGCUUCUCAUUUAUUCAUGGUUCAUGACAAACAAUUAUAAGGAUCAUUUCAAUCCUCAGGCCCGAGUGAGCGACAGUCGUUCUGGUUCAAAAUGUAUGGUGAUUUGGGCAAUAAGCUUGUCCAACACGCAAAACGAACUCAGAACUUGACACACUUACCGCCAUAUCAAACAGAACUGGUCCGUGCUGUUGCACGAGAAGUUCGAGAUCUAGAUAAAGAUGUGGCGGACAUGCUAGAACCGUUCCAGGGUUCAUUUAAUCCAGCCGAGGAACCAGCUACGGCCUGCACACUGCUUGUAAACCAUUUAUCAAUGCGGAGAAAUAAACGUUGUCUACUCGCUUAUCACCGAACCCGAACGGACAGGCUGGAAGAGCUUGUCUGGAAAGGCUACGACGUGGUUGAUCUUGCCGGACAACAAGUUAAGGACGGUCCGGGCGGAAUGGCUAACGCGUCGGGUAUGGGGGCUGGUAAUGGUGGCACAAGCAGUUUGAGCCCGCAAGAGGAAGAUUACGUGCGCCAAUAUAGCGAUCUGCUAGCUGCAUACAAAGGUCAAUGGACAGAUAUUGAUCUUACCGGCAGUCUCGAACCGCCUCGUGAUCUAUUCAUUGACGUGCGAGUGUUGAAAGACGCCGGGGAAAUUCAAACCGAAUAUGGCGCCAUCACACUCACCAAGAACAGCCAGUUUUAUGUUAGGCAGGGCGAUGUCGAACGACUCAUCGCUCAGGGUUAUCUCCAAAAGCUGAGUUGAGGGGACCUGCCGUUAGCCGUGACCAUCUAUAUUUAAAACGCGUUCCUACAUACCUACCUACAAUACAAUGUAGGUGGUGGAGAUUGGCCAUAUCCAGCCAUCUGUUGAACCGGAGGAGGACGGAUUGGUGUUGUAUUACUGGGCUUCCGAUCCGGCAACUCCUAUAAAUGG